AUGUGUCGAACAUUCACCUUCUACCACCUCUGCGGCCACAUCCACCAUAACCACACCAUCUCCUGCCCCAGCCCCGUCCCUUUCACCUCCUCUCCACCUCCCUCUCACUCCCCUUCCCCGCCCCAUCCAGACAUCAGGAUCCUCUCCCCCUCCCCUUCCUGUGCCAUCGUAGUCAACGAACCCCACCACUACCCCACCCUCUGCAACUCCUGCAAAGCAGUCGGCAUUAUAUCGGACUGGUUCGCCAAAUCGCCGCACGCCCGGAUCGAAGCCAUCAUGGAGUGGCGGAAGCGGGAGGAUGGUAAUUUGUCAAGAACGAGAGCGUCUUCUACACCGCCUGCCAACGCAUUGCACGUGUUGGAUCUUGGGGAUGCAAGCAGAGGCCCCGUUGCUGAUGAUGGAGAGGAGCUGGAGGAGAUGCCUCUCAUAGAGCCGGAGGGUCUGUGUUCCAACUCCAACAGAGAAGGUGAAAGCGAAGGCGAAAAAUGGAUCCAAUCCAACGCCGAAGGCUGGAUCCGGAGCGCCAGCAGCGCCAGCAGCGCGAGGACCGUCCUCCGUGUUGACUCGUCCGUAUCCGUCUCCUCCACCCUUUCCCUAGGUAGAUCACAACCAUCAUCCUCAUCGUCAGAAGAAGCACAGGACCGCUCCAAAUGGCCGCAAUGGCUGCUCGAGCAGUCCAUUUCAACAAUAACAGAUCUGCAGAAUGACGCCACCGCUCUAGCGGACUGGGCCUCAUCUCAAACCUCAAUCGGGCCAUCGACUCGCGCGCCAGCAAGAGGAAGAGCACCACCAGCACCAGCACCAGCACCAGUACCAGUAGCGAGCGUGAGCACGAACCCCCGCAACGCAGCCACCACGCGCAUAUCUCACACGACAACGGACCUCAAGAUGAACACGGACAAGAGCCAGGGGGCGCGAUCACGCCUGCCCGUCCCGACGGCGCCGGCUGCGACGGUGGCGAAGGGGAAGGAGACGGAGAAGAGGAGAUCUCUCCUCCCGGUGCCUCGAGCUGUUUCUCAGGUUGGGAAAAGGGGGGUUUGGUGA